GUGAUUGAGGUCAGACAGGCGGCCAUGGCUCAGUAAGUUUCUCCCCAGACAUGGUGAGCACAGGCCCAGUCCCCGGGCUGGAGCACACCAUGCCGCCGCUGCCCACCGUCCUCAUGUCGGCCCGGGCCUGGAGGGAGGUCCCGGGGAGCGGACGGGAAGGUCUCCUGCUGCAGCUCAGCAUGGAGGCCGAGAGGGCGGGGGAUUUCCGGCUGUCAGUGCGUCGUGAGCCGACCAAGAGUCCCGGUAACACGGUUAUCGCUGCAUUUAAACUUAAAGAUAUUUUUUACGACUUGAAGAGCUCCCGGUGCCAUGAAUUGUCGACGCCGGGAGAUGCCGGAGCACCCAUGAACUUUAACUUUGAGGAUGAGCGAGAGGCUCAGAAAUGGUGGACGGUGGUCAGCAGCUCUCUCCGGGAAGCCAGGAAAGCUUCUCAGGGUAAGGAUAAUGAUUUGAGAGUAAAGCCAGCUUUACCAGAAAAACCAAUGACAACCGCAAACAAACCACUGACACAGGCCUUUAAAUCGCUAUCACUGGAUGACGAGCUUCCAGGGGAGCCGAAAGAAUUGGCUACUAAAGAAGAGCUAGCUCUGCGGCUGAGCCGAUCCAUAGAGAGCGGGGAUGAGCAGAUGGCAGUGCAGUGUGCAUUGAUGCUGACCAAACAGAAAAUUCCUCUUAAAAUCCAAUUAAAACAAACCACCUACCCCAAGAAACAGAUCCUUAUGAAAAUCUGCGUUGAAGAUGCUUCUGGAUCCGUUAACAUCUCGACCUCUGUACAAGCUCACACUACAAUAGCCACGCUAAAACAGCAGAUCUCUCGUGAAUUUCUGUUCCAUCCAAAUAUUCAGCGCUGGAUAAUUGGCCAAUGUCUCUGUUCAGAUGAUCGAACAAUUGCUUCUUAUGGAAUAAGGCAAGAUGGCGACACUGCUUUCCUGUACCUCAUCUCGGCCAAGCAGGGAAGACUCCACCCGCAAGAUCACUGUGUCAGCAACAACGCCCAGCCGGUGUCUAAGCCUCUAGUGAGCUUGGAGGAAAAACAAACUCAAAGUAAAACGCUCCCAACUAGAACACAUGCUAAUAGCGCUUCAACCAAUUUGAGGCCUGGAAAUGAUGAACUGCUCAGGGAUCUUCCCAGAAUUUUAAACUCUGAAUCUUCCAAGACUCCAGGACAUGUUCCCGCACCACUUCUCUCACCAGCCAUGGCAGAUGGCUGGGCAUGUUCUGUUUGCACGUAUAUUAAUAAACCGACUCGGCCUGGCUGUGAGAUGUGUAGCUCCGACCGACCCACAGAUUAUGUCGUCCCUGAAAAAUACAAACCUGACGAGAUUGAAAGGAAGCGGUUACAACAGGAGAACGACAGUUUGAUUCAGUACAAACAGGCGCUGGAAGAGGAGAGACAGCAGAACUUUAUGCAUCUCCUGCAGUUGGAUAACGAGGUUCUCAUCCCAAACCAAGAAUCCAUUGAGUGUAAGAUCUGCUUUACAGAUGUGCCGGCCGGGGCUGGGGUCCUCCUGCGGGAAUGUCUUCAUAGCUUCUGCAGACUCUGCUUGAGGCAGGUUGUGAAUUGUUGUGAGGACCCCGAGGUUUCAUGCCCGUUUCGAGAUGACCUGUACGCCUGUAACAGCAAGCUGCAGCAGCGAGAGAUCCGAGCGCUGGUGUCUAAGGAGGAGUACAGCCGGUUCCUGGAGCGGGGCCUGGUGAUGGCCGAAAGCCGGAGCCAAAACAGCUACCACUGCAAGACAGCAGACUGCAAGGGCUGGUGUAUCUACGAAGACUCCGUUAAUGAGUUUGUUUGUCCGAUCUGCUUCGCAGAGAACUGCCUGACAUGCAAGGCUAUACAUGACGGCAUGAAUUGCCGAGAGUACCAGGAUGAUCUGCGUAUCCGAGCACUGAAUGACAUUGCCGCCCGUCAGACCAAUGAAAUGCUAAAGUUGCUGUUGCAGACUGGGGAAGCCAUGUAUUGCCCCAUGUGUCAGAUUGUUGUCCAGAAGAAAGAUGGUUGCGACUGGAUUCGCUGUACCAUGUGCCAAACAGAGAUUUGCUGGGUCACCAAGGGGCCUCGCUGGGGUCCACAGGGUCCUGGAGACACGUCUGGGGGCUGCCAGUGUAAUGUCAACGGGAAAAGAUGUGACCCCAAAUGUCAGAAUUGCCAUUAGACCCAUGUUAAUGGGUCAAUAUCGUUUUAUUCUACAAUUUAUCAAAGCUGGGAAGAUGCAGGUAACCCUCCAGUACUCCUACGGUCUGCGCUGGACCUGAUCUUUGCUGUUUGCAGUUUUAGCUUUACGCAGUGCGAAUGACGCAUCUGAGAUAAUAAACCCUCCAUUCGACGAGGGGAUCACAGACUCAACAAUGAAUACUUCAGCAGCCGUUUCAACCACGCACUUCUGAGAUGCACGACCACAUUUAUUGCCACGUCCACUUAUUUCACUGUUCUCUAAAGUUUGGAGUGUUUGUGACUUGUACUUACCUACUUAGCACUGACAG